AUGUUACUGCCUAGGAUUUUCCGCCCCAUAGUGGCCCAUCCAGCACCUCUAUCUACAUCAUUGACACGCAUCGUAUUGCCAGUACGGACCCGAUAUCUCUCCACGACGACGAUACAGUCUAACGAUCCGAUCACCGAGCCUGUCUCUCCUCCCUCCUCGGAAUCAGACACACCCGAGACACAGCCAGAAACACAGCCGCAGGAGAAAGUCUCUUUACCCUACUUCGUUGGCAGAAACAGUCUCAACAGUCUAUCGGUCUAUCACAAGAAUAAACGAGGUGGAAAUCUUAAACUUACAUUGGUGAAGAAUGGAGAGGGGGACCUCCGUGCUCUGAAGCAAGAUAUUAAGGAGGCCUUACGGUUAUCCGAUGGCGAUGUGACUCUGAACAGUGUAACCAAGCAUAUCAUAAUAAGAGGCCAUAAGAAGCUGCAAGUUCUCGACUUCCUUGAAGCCAUGGGCUUCUAA